AUGAGCGACGAAUCUGAACCGUUUCAAGAUACGGGAGACCAAACUCCCCCGGAGCGACCGCGUUCUCCCGAACUGGUUGAUUUUGAGGAUGCCGAAGUGAAGCAAUUCGAUCCUUCGGAUGACGAGUUGUCACCAACGAACGCUGAACUAUCACCCUCAAACAAUGAUCCAUCACCGUCGAACAACGAUGCCACGCCUGCUGCCGGCGAGGAAGAGGCAGUCGAGGAGUCAGUCGACAGCGUGACACAGACUCAAUCCUCAUCUGUAGCGGAGGCCGUGACAGAGCCUGACACACCUGAAACCGAAGAGCGACCGACUCCUAAACACAGGCGUCUCAGGAAACACGGUUCAGCCUCCCGUGAAGCGUCGAAUAAUGCGAGUCAGGAAAAAGAACAGCAAGUGGACAACAUAAAAAUCCCCAAGAAAAAGAAAGCUCAGCGAAAGAAAGGCGCGUCAAAGAAGACUGAGGAUCAGGAUGGUGAUUUUGUGCCAUCUGCUGACGAUUUUAGCAAGAAUCACCUGGACGCGGACUACUACGAUGAUGACGAGGUAGAGGAGCGCAAGAUUCCGAAGAAGAAGGCGCCCAGCGCCGGCAAGCUGUAUUUCGACGAGGUGCUGAAGCGCGUGAAGGAACGCAAGAAGAAGAACGUGCAAAUUACCACCGAGGAGUGCCAACAUUAUUGUAGACAGCUGAUAGACAAGAUGAUUGCGGCCGCGACCGCCGACGUUGAGGCAGUGCAGCAAGGCAAAACGGGUCUCAACAAGCUCAAGAUGCUAAACGACAUUUCCGAAUUCAGCAAACCCGCAUGGCGUAAUUGGUGCAUCGCAGAAGGUGGCGCAGUAGCGCUUGCCAGCUGGAUCGCCCCGCUGCCGGACGGAUCCCUGCCUACCCUCAGCGUCAGGACCAAGGUCCUGCAAAUCGCAUUGCAGUUGCCCUUCCAGUCCACAGAUCUGAGGGACAACGAUUUGGGAAGGCACGUAGUCGCACUGUGGAAGCACCCCGAUGAGUGUGACUCGAACAGAGUGCUCAUCAGGGCUAUUGUGCAGAAGUGGGUCCGACCCAUGCUCGGCCUCGCCUCGAACUACGCGGACAUGCAGCAGGACUUCUCCGUUGGCAUGAAGUCGUCAAUGCUGUCAAUGGAGGGUGACGACAAAGAUCGCAAGCAGUUGCAGAAGUUCUCGCAACACAAGAACGAGAUGGGCAGCAUCAUCGUCAACCAGGAGCGCAUCAACUCCAAGCUCACCCAGAUGUUCCGGGUCAUAGAAGCUCGUAGAAAGACCCCCAGCAAGGCCACAAAGGUCAACAUGGACGGUGCACUUAUCUAA